AAUCAAACAUAGAUGGCGCUUACCCCACAAUUUUUAUACAUAACCUAAAAUAAUCUACACCGCAAAAAUCAUAAAUUAAAUCAUAACUAAGCGAUUUAAACAAGAAAUGUCUCGAUUAUCGCGUUUUCUUCAAUUAAAACACAUAACCUAUAAAUUAAACACAAGAUUUUUAGCAACAACCGCAAAAGAUGAAAUAAUAAUCCCAAAACGUAUAGAUAGGGGCCCUACGGAUAUAUUACAAGCCCUUGAAGUUACAGUAAAACGAGAUAAUAACAGCCCACAUUAUAAAUUUCAUGAUGACCCUUUUUUAAUUCCCAAUUCUAAUAUGGGAAAAAGAAGUUUUGCUAUGGCUCAAGAGUCGGGGAGGAAAGCAGCGCAUUGGGUUCGGCAACAACACCCAGAAUUAUUUAUGCAUUCAGAGGCUGAUCCCCCAAUUAAAGCAUUUCUUGGAAAAAAAUUGCCAGAUGAAAAAGAUUUAAAAGAAAGUGAUUUAAUAGCAGCGAUUAAUGAUGUAAAUGUUUCCGAUGCUAUUUCGGUUUAUAAAAGUUUAAUAGGAAAUGGGGUACAAAUUUCUGAUGAAAAUAGGCAGAGUUUAUUAGAAUUAUUAUGUUUUUAUAACUCGAAAGAUACCAUUGAUGCAGCUUUUAUUGAAGAACGUUGGUUUAAACAAAGCGAAAAAGGAAAAGAGCGACAAAGAAAAACUUGGACGGAUGGAAUGUUAUCUGAAGAAAUUUUUAUUGGAAUUGAAAACCCCAAUGGGGAAGCUUAUUCGGCUUUAAUACAAGGAAUGGCUAAAUAUUAUCAAGUCGAUAGAGCUUGGCAAUUAUUUCAGGAGGCGCAAGAGAAGAAUUUAUCAUUAAACGUUGAAAGUUUUAAUGCAAUAAUUGGGGUGGUUAAUUUAAUAAUGGAAAGUUAUGAAAAAAGGUGGACUUUAAUUUUAGAUUUAUUAAAUAGAAUGCGAUUAUUAAAGUUAAAACCAAACAUCAAUACUUUAAAUGGUGUUUUGGAUGUAUUGGGGACAAUGGGGACAGGGAGGAAUAUUAAAGAGUAUGCUUUACAAACAUUGGCCGAGUUUAAACAGAUGGGAGUUGAACCUUCUUUGGGUUCUUGGUGUUUAAUGUUAAUUAUUUUUUGUAAAGAUAGGGGACCAAUAAGUACGAUUUUGUAUGAUAUAAUGAACGAAAUUCAAGACAAAGAAUUCAAAAUAAGACAUAUUAAAGAUACGAAUUUUUUUGUGACUGCUAUGGAUGUUUGCCGGAGACAUUUACAUGAUAAAUAUUUAGCGAAGAGGGUUUAUGAUUUAUUGUUGUUUGGAAAUAAUUAUGAUUUAAUUGGAGAUUCUUUUAAGGAGUCAAUUUUUUAUCGAAACUAUUGCAUAUUAAUGUGCGAAACUGAACCGAUAGAGAAUUUCAUGCAAGAUAUUUACUUCAAAUUUGUCCCAAAUAUUUAUGUCCCCGAACCUGGGGUAAUGGAGGAAGUUUUAAACAUGAUUUUAUUGAAUUCAGCCACUAAUUAUCUUCCGAAACUUUGGUCCGAUAUAAAAAUCUUUGAUAUGAAUGAACGAGAAAAUUUAUUAAAAUUAGUAACUGAAAUUAUGAUUAAAAAUGAAACGGAGGAAUUAAAAGCGAAUUUUUCUGAUAUUGCAUGGGAAAUGUUUAGCGUCCCGGAAGAACGGAAGGAAACUCAUACUUCACGUUUAACAUUUACAGCUGAAAUGUUAUCCGAUUUAAUAACCAUACUUUUACGCAACAAUGAAUUUGAAAAAUCAACGAUUAUUAUGGAUAAAUUAUAUGGUGAUCACCACAAUGUUAUGGGCGUCCCGAAAAUUUCAUCAAUGAUUUCGUAUUUAGAUCACUGUAUUAAGGAAAAAUUACCAUCGAAAGCAAUCAUGUGUAUUCAAUAUUGUUUCGAUUGUGGCUUCCCAGAGGUCGAUGAGAUGGCUGCAAAAUUAACUGGGGCUUUAACGUUAAACGAAAAAGAUUUGGAGAAGUUAUCGAGGAUCUCCACAAAGGUUAAAAUGAAUUAAAUAAAAUGUUUUCUUUAAUUUAGCGUUUAGGUUCAAAAAAUAAACAAAUUCAUAAUAUA